UUGGAUCCUGAGAUGUAUUCUUGCCGUGGGACCUUGAGGAUUGUGGACCCUGAACUCUGAAGUGUGUACUUGUCAUGGGACCUUGGGGACUGUGGAUCCUGAAAUUCACACUUGUCGUGGGACCCUAGGGACUGUGGAUCUUGCAAUGCAUUCUUGUCGUGGGACCUUGGGGACUGUGGACCCUGCAAUGUAUACUUGCCAUGGGACCUUGGAAACCUUGGAUUCUAGAAAUUGAAUUUGCCGUGGGACCUUGGAAACCUUGGAUUCUAGAAAUUGAAUUUGCCAUGGGACCUUGGAAACCUUGGAUUCUAGAAAUUGAAUUUGCCGUGGGACCUUGGAAACCUUGGAUUCUAAAAAUUAAAUUUGCCGUGGGACCUUGGAAACCUUGGAUUCUAAAAAUUAAAUUUGCCGUGGGACCUUGAGGAUCCUGGAUCUUGAUUUUUGGUCCCGGCACAAGUCUGCCUAGUACCGAUUCGCUCGGAGGAGAAAUAGCGAGAGUCGCAUCAAAUACAUACAUUCUGCUUGCACCUGGGUCGAUGGGUCAGAGUAACCUCUUUGGGAAGACAUUUGCUUCGACUCUUCCAUGCAGAUAAUUUAUGCUAGACUUCCAUAUUCACCAUAUUCACAAUCUACUAUUUUUAUAUUAACUUUGCCUACUUUCAAGGCCCGUGACCGGGAAAAAAAUUGAGCGGCUCACGGGUAAUUCAGCCUUACUUGGAGCGAGCGGCGGGCGGUGGGCUGGCCGGCCGCCAGCUGACCCCUGCCCGGGGCGCCGGCCGGUCACGUGACCUUUCCCGAGGUCACGGCGGGGUCAGCCGCACCGUGCCCCGGCAGAUCGGGUCGAGGCGCCGCGCCGGGCGGGCGGGGCCGCGGGACUUCGGAUUUUGGCGUCGGCAGAUUCUGGUCCUUUGCUGCCGUGCUUUCGCUGGCAUUUUAAGUUUUUCGUUCUGUAGACAAUUCCACAUUCUCUAAACAUUGCUUACAUUUUAGUAUUCUUAGAUUGGCUUUGUCAUCUGGUACGUAGGUUUGCCUCCUCUUAGGGAUUAGUAUCUGGGAUGAUUUUUCACGGCCUGUUAUUCAGGUUCCAUUGCUCGACGAGUUGUUCCAUCUGGUUUGCACGAUGACACUCCGUGCACUACACCGCUUACGGUCAAGGCACGCGUAUUAUAUAGUCCAGCAAAGUACCACGUGCUGUAACAAUCGGCACUGGACAGUCUGCCCAUGGGCGUGCUGACUUGCCAUGUAAAUGGGCAAUCCCCGCUUCUCGUGCUCUAUCCAUCCACAUCCCAGCAUUUCCGCUGUGGCAUAUCGCCUGUGUGUAGCGGCCAGCGAUGGUUCCGCCAAAGACCUGACUUAAUUUGAAACGAAGCAUCAUUGAGAACCAGCACCAGCAGAGACAUAGGACAGCGACUGAUGAGCCAUGGUGGGGGGCUUACAGCUCCAUUCUCAUGCUCUAUCCAUUCACGUCCCAGCUUCUCUGCUUUGGCCCACAUCGCCUGUACGACCAGGUGUAUAGUGACCAGUGCUGGCCCUACCAGACAACAUUUUACGGACUGGGGCGCCCCAUCUCCUACACCCAACACUCGGUGGAUUCGACGGACGCUGGUUGAUCCGGAAGGAUGCUUUGGGUUUAUAGGAGUUUAUGGACGUCCCGGUUGUAGGGUCCAAACGUCAUAAAGACGUCGUUUUAGUUCACUAAUCAGCGUCUGAUCUAACCAUUGCUUCAUUUGCUCCACCAGGCUGGUUGAUAUCGAGUUCUUUAUACAACUAUCUCUUCCAUAAAUGCAGCGCUGUGCUCGGCAAGGUUUUGUCCGGGAUAUCCCCGUUGAAGUAAAACAGAACGUUGCUUCGAUUAUUUGCGUUAUUUAGACAGAUCCAUCAUUUACAUUUUUGAUUAAACAUGUAAGAAACGUACCAAGUCCUAUUUUUCCACAAUAUUGUUUGGAAUCGGCGAAAAGUCUCUAGGCUGAUCAGUGACUUAUCCAGACACAUAGACUGCGAUUUUUUGGCCAUUUCCAUUGUCCAUAGUCGCUUAGUCUCUGGUACUCUGUGGAGCAUAUUGUCCCCCGCAGCCACUCAGUCUCUGAUACUCUUUGGAGCACCAGAUCCAUCAUAGCCGCUCAGUCUCUGGUACUCUGUGGAGCAUAUUGUCCCCCGCACCCACUCAGUCUCUGGUACUCUUUGGAGCACCAGUCCAUCGUAGCCGCUCAGUCUCUGGUACUCUGUGGAGCAUAUUGUCCCCCGCACCCACUCAGUCUCUGGUACUCUUUUGAGCACCAGAUCCAUCGUAGCCGCUCAGCCUCUGGUACUCUGUGGAGCAUAUUGUCCCCCGCACCCACUCAGUCUCUGGUACUCUUUUGAGCACCAGAUCCAUCGUAGCCGCUCAGUCUCUGGUACUCUGUGGAGCAUAUUGGUCCCCCGCAGCCACUCAGUCUCUCCUACUCUGUGGAGCACCGGGUCCCCUCGGAUAAGCACAAAGCACUGCUCACCGGCCAUGUAGGCUGGUAUGCCUGCGACGUUUCCGCGGCCCAUGAAUUUUAUAGUCACAGAGGAGCAACUAUAUUGAUCAGGAGCAAAUUGUACAUAGUCCCGCUUUAUCUCUUUGGCACAGCUUAUGUUUCAACUAUCUUCCACGAAUCACAUGGUCAUUCCGGGUGUUCUCAAGCCUAAAUGGUCUCUAGGUCGCAAGCCGGCAUCGAUCCCUACUUGUAUUGAAGGCUGCCUGCCUGGCUGAGCCACUGGGAGCCCGUAGACAGCCUGAGCAGAGUUAGCCAACCAUAUACACGGGCUUGUCAAUUGUGUUGCCACGAACCCACAGUUGUGAUAAAUCCUGGCCUAAAAAAUAGUUUCAGGGUAGGGCCAGGCACUGAGCGGUGAUCUAUCAAUGAAGGCAGUUAGCAAUUUAACUACAAAACAAACUGUAAAUAACUUACUGCAAAAAGUAACUUCCCCUCUGGAGUGGCGUCCGCUUCAGUAGCAUCUGCCUGUGGACGGUUGACUGGCUGAGCUGGCUGAUUUUCUCUCAUGGCUUGCAGCUCAUUUGAUCCACUAUACGCAGGCCGAUCCUUAGUUCUUCCCUAGACAACUAGUGAGUUUCCAUAAAUGUGCUGUGCAAAGUUUUGGCCCGUGGGGCGGAUCAUGGUCGGGAGUUAUCAGUCUCUGGCUAAACUGGAGUGAUGGGCACUGAGGGCACAGGUCCGGGCGCCGUUCAAUAUGGCGACGGAAUUGUUUGGGCGAUUUACAGAGGUUUCAAUUCAAGAAAUAUUCAACUACAUUGAUAAAAGUAUAGUUACUGCAGGCAGUCAUUGCCCGCAUCGUAAAAUCGCUGACAUCACAGAAUUUCCAGCGUCGUUCCGCAACCAGCGUCACUUGCAUCGACAUCCCGUCGGCCAGCCUAGCCCGCCUUAGCCUACAGCUAGACUUUGCUAGGCUGAAACUUCUUGGCCCCGUCCGAUCCACUUCAUCUUACCUGUGAUCAUUUUUACAAAGUUGCUGCGAUAGGCGUUUAAACAUGUGCUGGAUUAGUUCGCAAAAUCGACAACGUCUAUGAACUUCCUGUGUCAUGAGUCGACGCUGGAUGUUCGCAAGCGCUGCUGCCUUUUUCUGCGCCGAUUCCAAAGCUCUGGUUCGAAACUCGCCCUGGGUCCCUCCGCAGCAUCCAUAGCCGCUUGAAUUUACUGAACAUAAGCCAUCCUUUAGUCUAAUGAUAAUUAAAGUACUUGCGGCAUGAUCCACAACCAAAACCGGCCUUUCGGCUUCUCCAAUGACCGUCCGUUUUUCGCAGGACCCGCCCGCUGCCAGCCAAUCACAGGCGUGUGCGUCCACCCCCCCCCCCCCCAGCCAAUCGCCAAUAAUUAUGGCCGGCUGCUGACCAAUCAGACAUCCUUAGGCCCUCCCUGGGGCGCUCCAACAAUGCGACCCUCUAUUUUCGUCCCCCAUUUAAAUAGAGCUUGGUAUCGUCAGUCAGCACUCGGGUUUACCUGGCCCGAAGCUGAUUGCUCUCGGCCAUGACCCGCCCCGCGUGCCUAUUGACGCUGCUGCUGCCAGCGCUGUGCGCCCUGACCAGCGCGCAGAUGGACAACCGACAACGUCAUGAGAUGCUGGCGAGGGAUAGGAUGCAGCAGCAGCUGCACCGCGUGCUACCCGACCACCUUCAGCCGAAGUUUGACUCUGACGACGGAGGAGACCACCAUCCGGCCCGCACCAGCGACCACUACUGCAGGCUGUUCGGAGGACAUUCGCUGUGUCGGGUGCCGCACACCCGACAGAGCUGUGGCUUCGUGCGCCGCCGCCGGCUCUCUGUGGAUGAGAGCGCCGCCAUGUUACACAGGCACAACAUGGAGCGCAUGCUGGUGGCCCAGGGCCGGCGGCGCGGUCGGAACGGACAGGCCCUGCCCAAGGCCGCCAACAUGAUGCAAAUGGACUCACCCGAUGCCAACCAAUCACAGACGUUUGCGACCAUCCGCUGCAGCCAAUGGCCGGCACCGAUUGCCCGCUACCGACCAAUCGGACGGACACUACCUAAAUUGGACCAUUGCUGGGGUGCUCCAUCAACGCGACCCUCUCUUUUCGUCCCCCAUUUAAAUAGAGCUUGGUAUCGUCAGUCAUCACUCGGGUUUACCUAGCCUGAAACUGAUUGCUCUCAGCCAUGACCCGCCCCGCGUACCUUUUGACGCUGCUGCUGCCAGCGCUGUGCGCCCUGACCAGCGCGCAGAUGGACAACCGACAACGUCAAGAGAUGCUGGCGAGAAGCAGGAUGCAGCAGCAGCUGCACCGCGUGCUACCCGACCACCAACAGCCGAAGUUUGACUCUGACGACGGAGGCGACCACUACCCGGCCCGCACCAGCGACCACUACUGCAGGCUGUUCGGAGGACAUUCGCUGUGUCGGGUGCCGCACACCCGACAGAGCUGUGGCUUCGUGCGCCGCCGCCGGCUCUCUGUGGAUGAGAGCGCCGCCAUGUUACACAGGCACAACAUGGAGCGCAUGCUGGUGGCCCAGGGCCGGCGGCGCGGUCGGAAUGGACAGGCCCUGCCCAAGGCCGCCAACAUGAUGCAAAUGAGCUACGACGUGGAGGUGCAUGACGUGGCCCAGGGCGCUGCCGACCGCUGCUUGGGUGACCACGACUGCAGUCCAUGCCGCAAAGUCGAAAGGGGAGAUCUCGGGCAAAACUUUGCCGCGCACUCGGUGUUUAUAAGCCCUUCCUCGCGAGAGGGCCUGCUCAAGAUCGAUGUGCCGCCAUUGGACCAGACGGGUGGCUGGUUCAUGCAGGCCGAUCGUCUCAGCCCUUCAGAAGUCCACAGGUUCAAGGGAGGCCACGGCGCUGGCCACUACACCCAAGUGCUCUGGGCCACCUCGGAGCGGCUCGGCUGCGGCUGGAUAGAGCACGAGGAAAGGGGAGGUCUCUCGGUCAAACUGUUUUGCAACUACGGGCCUAUCGGUAACAUUAUUGACCUCCCCGUGUAUGUGGCUGGUGAGCCGUGCUCCGCCUGCCCGCGUGGAACCACGUGCUCAACAGAGUACCCGGGCCUGUGCAAGCGACUGUGAGCCGCCGAGCACGACUCGCCAGCAACUGUCUUAUUUUUUUAUAUUCGUUGCGUUUCGUUACUUGUACUGUUUAAAUAUGCCCUAAAAAAUGUUUCCUGAACAAAAUAGAAUAUUGUUUGUA